AUGGCCCAAAAAGAUCGGAUCAAUCUUUUUCCGUCGCGAGCAAACUUAGUUUCGACGAAGCAGCGUGCCGCCAGUGCUGUUAAAGGUUUAAGUCUGCUCAAGCGUAAACGAGAUGCCCUGGAAUUGUUUUUAAGGGAAAUGAGCACAGAAUUGGAUAAAAAUCUCGAGCAAAUGGAUGCUGCUAUGAGAGAAGCGAUUUUCUCGCUUACGAAAGCCAAUUUUUUAAACACCGAUUUUAAGCCAGCCGCCUUAGUAGCUCCCGAUCGAGCGGAUGCGUACAUACGCAUUAAACAAAAUAAAAUCGUUGGAACGUCCGUACCGCAAUUACAGUUGGUUAUACGAACUACAGCUGCUGCGAUUCCAUUUACUGGACUUGCAACUGGUGGUCGACAAGUAGAAAUAACGAGAUUAAAAUUUCAAGAAGCUCUUAAAAUUCUUGUGGCUGUAGCUUCGCUGAAGUAUAAUGUUAAAAUUCUAAGUGAAACUGUGCGUUCGACCAAUAUGCGAGUCAACGGUUUAGAUUAUGUGGUUAUACCUCGCUUUCAAAAUACGGUCACUUAUAUACGUGACGAAUUAGACGAACUGGAACGUGAAGAUUUCUACCGUUUGAAACGUUCUCAAGCUAAGCAGUUAAAAAAAAAAAACGCAAUUGUGAAGCUCGGGAAGACGAAAGGACAAUCUGGAGAGGAAGUCGCAGGGACUAACAAUCCCAAAAAUAAAGCAAAACCUGAAGUAAAGAUUAUGGAUUAUGGCGAACCCCGUUCGGCCACUACUCGUGCCACUAUCCAGUCGCUUGGUCCCGAAGAUAUACCAGCGGCCAGAAACAAUAGAUUCGUUUCAUUCAUUAAAGGCAGAAAUACAGUUGUUUUGGAAUCGGGAGAGUUGCCAGCAGUUACCGAAUUGCAAAAGGAAUCUGCAGUGGAGCAGGAGCCUGAAGAAGAGAUAAGUGACAGAAAACUAAUCACAUCAUCGGAAUCUUCUGAGGUUACAUUGACAUCGGACGACGACGAAAAGUUUACAAGUACUGAAGACAUUAAUUAG